UGAACCAGCUCACGAUGACCAUUAUCAAAAGAAGAAGAUGUGUGCCGUUGACGCAUACACAUUCGAGCAUCGGUCACUGCGCUCGCCACGAGCUGUCAUCCAUCUGGCGCUGCAGACGGAUGACACCGAGUGGCCAACGACAGCAAAGAAUCGCAACAAUGAGCCAACGAUACACACAGCAUUUGUCGAGUCCAUGGACGUGCUUGCACAGUGUGUCAGCCAGCCAUCCUGUGUGGGCAUCGUCUACUGUGACGUCAAGAGACGAUUGCAUCAUGAGCGAAGAGAUGCGACCGCCGUUGCCGACACGGAGGACGAUCCACACACAGGACAGCUUGCACACAUGGCAUGCAGAAAUCGAAUUGACCGGAACACCAGAGUCUUCGUUGUUUCUGUGCCGACAUCCCGACACAGACAACCCAUGGAACCGAAUCAGCCACACUCUUAAAUGACGGCCGACUCCCUCCCUCCCUCGCUCAACAUCUACACAGCCAGCAUAUAUAUCAGCCCUCCCCUCCCUCUCCCCUUCGUAUGCACACGGCCCCCUCUCCCCCCCUCCACCCCCUCUCUUAAACGGCAUACAGUGCGAACACGUUUGCCUGCCACGGGUGCAGCUUGAACCACACGCCCUUGUGCUGCGCCUCGCCGAUCCUCCGCCCGUAGUUCUCGAUGCCCAGCAGCCCGUGCAGCAGCACCUCCGGCUGGUCGCGCGUCUUGUGCGGCGGCACCGUCGCCAGAUAUGACGGCAGCUUGUCCGUCACCUGGCCAGGGAAUUUGACGUGGCAGACGGCCUCGUGGCCGCUGAAGUUGCUCACGCACAGCAACGGGCACGCGUAGUACACGCCGCGGAAUCCGGCCGGGUCGAUGAUGGGCCGGCCGCUCUCGUCGGUCAGCUCGGUGGUGGCCGUGGUCUCUGGCACGGCCUUGAGGGGCAGCGGUGGGGCCCAGAAGUGGGCGAUGACGUUGUGCCAGGAGUCGUUGCCCUCGCCGCCGGCGUACACCUCUGCCUUGAUCCAGUCGCCGUUGCGGAUGGCGGGGCGGCGCAGGAUGUCGAGGAUGCUCAUGUACAGGCCACUUGCCUCGGGGUUGGGCGCCUCGGGCGGACGCACCACUCGCUGCAUCUCCAGGUGAAACUUGCGACCUGCAAAAAGGAGAGGGAGGGAGCAGGGGAAGGUGCCAUCUUUGUUCCUCUCUCUCCCUCCUCUCUCUCUCCUCUCUCUCUCUCUCUCUGUGUGUGUGUGUGUGUGGUUGUGCUUGCGGACCUUCGAGUUGUCCAUCGUAGAAGAACCGGCAACCAGGCGACGUGAAGCAGGCGACGGCCGCGGCGCGAUGCUCGUUGAUGUGUUUGAAGGUGUCGGCCGAGCGGUCCUCGUCGUGAUUCUCCAGGAAACGCACCAGCUUGGACUGAUAGCCCAGAUCUGCACCACACAACAACCAGAGAAAAAAGAGAAAUACAGCCAGCCAGCCAUUACUGAUACAUACCCAUUGGCCUGAUCUCGCUUUCAUCUCACUGACCUGCAUGGAGGUGCAUUCUGGCUUCAUUGCCCUCUCUCAGCUUGAGCCGGUCGAACAGCCGUUUGUCGUAGCAGUAGUCGAAGCCCUGCUUCUGCAGGUGGAACUCCAUGUCCCAGUACACCUCGGCCAUGAAGAUGAACUCGGGGUUCUUCGACUUGACGCUCUUGAUCGCCUUGGGCCAAAACUCCUGCACCAGCACCCACCCACCCACACACACCACACACAGGCAGAGAGAGGGGUGGUGUGCAUAUGUGAGCCGAUCAGUGCCACUAUGUCAUUGUGUCACGCACCUCGAAGUGUCCGAGGUCUCUGCCCGUGGCCUGGUGGUAGAGGCCGCCCCAGGUCUUCCUGAAGAUGUCGGUGGUGACGAGCAUGGCCAUGUCGCACCGCACGCCGUCCGCCAUGGUCGAUAUCUUCUCCAAAACCUCCGUCUGCUGCCGCCUCAGCGCCUCCUCGGCGUAGUUGAGCUGGCACGUGUCCUGCCACCCGUCGAAGUAGGGAUCCUUGCCGUGGGCGAAGAUCUUGCCAUGGUGGCCCUUGAAGAAGUUCUGGGGCUGGGUGUGCAGCAGGUGGUCGUUGCCGGGGAAGAUGAAGUGGGGCGAGUCCUGCACCCACGGAUGGUCAUGUGCGAUGUGGUUCGGGAUGAAGUCGACCAACAGACGCAUGCCACGCUUGCCUGCUCGAGAGAGAAGACGCACAUGCAGUGGGAGAAGGCUGUGGCAGGUGUGCUGGAUUCCCUCCCUCCUCCCUCACCGAGUCUCAUCCGCAGUGUCUUGAGGGCCUCAUUGCCGCCGAAGUCGGAGUGGACGUCGUAGCCCGUGACGGAGAAGGGAGAGGAGCACACGUGGUCCUGAGGUGUCUGGGGCGAGAUCUUCUUCAUGUGCUUGCGGGCCUCCUCCAGAGACCUGCACGCGGCACGCAUCCACGGUGACACAUAUAGUCCUUUCCCUCUGCCGGGCUGUGUUUCUUGCGCCGGUCGUCUCACCUCUGCCCUGUACUCCAGACGCCCAGCAGGUAGAAGAUGUCGAAGCCCAGCGCCGAGAUGCGGUCGAGGUACUCGUCUGGGAUGUCCUCGAGCGUCGCCUUCCUCUUGAGCACAUGGCCGAGCUCGAACGUGAUGAUCCGCGCACUCACUUGGAACAGAGUGGGAUGCUUUGGAAGGGGCCGGAUAGAAGCAGAUGGAGCGGACAUCUUGGAAAACUGCAGAUCUC